CACAUUAUGGAAGGAACUUCUCAAGCUCUUUCUUAUACCAUAAGAUUCGUUGGUCUACUUGGUAGUCAUGCUCUUGGUAGAAAUCCAAAGUUCAUGGCUACAGCGGUAGAUUUAGGAAGGGAAUUGGUAAGGCGGAAAAUUAGACUUACCUACGGUGGAGGUAAUGUUGGCCUUCAAGGAGCUGUUGCUUCAACAAUUUAUACCAAUGGUGGUAUAGUUAGAGGCUUCAUACCAGGGUACAUAGCAGCACGACAGGUCUAUGGUCCUACAUACGGUGCAGAGUACACCGUUUCCAGCAAUUACUACAAGUAUUUCGAGAUGAAUCAUGUGGUGGAGGCUUUCAUCAUACUUCCCGGAGGAAUUGAUACUAUGGAAGGUUUGUUCACCUUAAUUUCGUGGGCAUCUGAAGAGUUGCACAAUAAACCCAUUGGUCUCUUGAACAUUGACGGUUAUUUUAAUAACCUAAUCAAAUUUCUAGAUGAUGCGGUGAGGCAGAACUUCAUGGCUUCAAGUCAGAGGAAACUUUUCAUUUCUUCUUUCUUCGUUGAUGAGCUUCUAGACAAACUAGAGUUUGCUAAAGCUUUUCCAGGUCGUGGGGCUAGUUACGACGAGUUUACAAAUCCUGGGAGAUUGGAUUUAGAGUUACAUUUGUAAUAUUACUUCAUACGCUUAAACUAUAAUUAGUUUAAGGCAACAGUUCUCCGACGCUUAAACUUUAAUUAGUUUAAGGCAAACAUUUCUCAGACGCUUAAACUAUAAUUAGUUUAAGGCAACAAUAAGACAAUAAUUAAUCAUCAUUGAGUCGAAGUAUUUCCAAACGAGUGAUCCUCUAGUUUGGUCUACGUGUUCCGUUACAUUUGGUGGUCCCAAAGUGGUGAAAUACAAAGUGUAGAGGGGG